AUAGGUAUAUUAGAAACUAAUAUUAGCAAUAGAGAACUACAACUCAACAGAGUCAACUUAAAAGAAUAUCAAACACAUGUAACCAAAAAGCAAAUUGAAAAGCAAAAACGAUCAGGCAAUACUACUAAUCAUAUU